GCCGGUUGCCUGGGUCCUUUAACUGUGGGAAAGUCUGGUGUGAGAAGGAAUCUAGCUUUGAGAAGGCAGAUAUUAAGCUAUUCUUUUUGGUGACAGUUGUAUUUUUGUCACCACUCAUUUCAUGUCGUCAGCGGGGUCCCAGUUUAACGGGCAGGCGGGUGCACACUAAGCAGUUUGAACUCCCCUUUUUUAAACUUUCUCUGCGGAGAAAGCCUUCGGCGUUACAACUAAAAGGGCUUUAACACAAAAAGAUGCGACUUUUGGUGUCGGAGUCCCUGUGAUGAGAGCUGUUUCCAAGAGAUGAAGUGGCUGAUGAGAAGCAUUUUUGUGGAACUGCUUUUGUAAUACGCGACUGAAUGUCUUUCUUGGUGGUGGUGCGGCACAUUUCGCGUCUUCUCUGAUAGCCUGCUUUUACCGGAGAUGUAAAAAUGAGCGAGCGGGUUACGCUGAAGCGGCGCACGAGGGUUUUAACGGAAGGACCGACUAGUGCUGGUAUCAAACCUACAACCUUCUACUCGCAACACCAUCUCUCCAGCCAAUAGACUGCUCUGCCUCCCUGAGUCCUCCCACUAAAAACAACCUGUAUCGCAUUUAUAGUAUGGAUAUCCGAACGUUUCACCUCGCUCAAAUUCAUGUUCACAACUUUCCACCGGGAGUGGGUUUAGCCUAAUUUGUAAGAAAUUGUGAUACAUUCUUAGAAUGACCCUCACUUUUCCGUGUGUUCCAGUCAUAUUCUGUGGCUCUCUGUUAUUUUUCCCACGUUUCUAUUAGGAUUUCAGAGCCCCCGAACACUUAAAAGAGUUGUAGCCUAAAUCUCGUCAGCUCUCAUGGGACUGAGGCAUUCGUCGCGUUGUUUGCUGCUACGGCGGAAGAUGGCGGAGGCGGACAGCUCAGAGAGGCAGCAGCCUGUAAUGUCCCCCAUUUCUCAGUCUGCUCAGCCCUCCCCACUGCCUAAACCAGUGCCUACUACCCACCAUGUGCCCUGCGUUCCCCAUACGCCUCAUGUAGCAGCACUGGCCACCUGUCCUGGUCGAGGCAAGAUUGCCAAGUUCAUCAGCCCCGAGGAAAUGACAUCACGGGACUACUACUUUGACUCGUAUGCUCACUUUGGCAUCCAUGAGGAGAUGCUGAAAGAUGAGGUGCGGACACUGACCUACAGGAAUGCCAUGUACCACAACAAGCACGUGUUCAAAGAUAAAAUAGUCCUGGAUGUCGGUAGCGGCACUGGAAUCCUCUCAAUGUUUGCUGCCAACGCCGGUGCCAAACAUGUGUACGGGAUUGAAUGCUCAAGUAUAUCUGAAUAUUCAGAGAAGAUUAUCAAGUCGAAUCACCUGCACAAUGUCAUUACCAUCUUCAAGGGCAAGGUGGAGGAGGUGGAGCUGCCCGUGGAGAAGGUGGACAUUAUAAUCUCAGAGUGGAUGGGCUACUGCCUUUUCUACGAAUCCAUGCUCAACACGGUCAUCUUUGCCAGGGACAAGUGGCUGAAACCUGGAGGCCUGAUGUUCCCUGACAGAGCAGCGCUCUACGUGGUAGCCAUUGAAGACCGGCAGUACAAGGACUUUAAGAUACAUUGGUGGGAAAACGUAUAUGGGUUCGACAUGAGUUGCAUUCGCAAUGUGGCCAUCAAAGAGCCUCUGGUAGAUGUGGUAGAUCCCAAGCAAGUGGUGACGAACGCCUGCCUUCUGAAGGAAGUGGACAUCUACACUGUGAAGCCAGAGGACCUGUCCUUCACCUCAGCCUUCUGUCUGCAGAUUCAGCGCAAUGAUUACGUCCAUGCUCUGGUCACCUAUUUCACCAUUGAGUUCACCAAAUGUCACAAGAAGACUGGUUUCUCCACUGCUCCAGAUGCCCCAAGCACACACUGGAAACAGACUGUGUUUUAUUUAGAGGACUACCUAACUGUCAAGAAGGGAGAGGAGAUCUUUGGCAGUCUUGCUGUCAGGCCCAACGAGAAGAAUGUGCGUGACCUGGAGUUCACCCUUGAGCUAGAUUUUAAAGGACAGCUAUGCGAGGCCGCCAUUUCCCACGACUACAAAAUGCGUUAAGAACAACAGACCAAGCCGUGCCGCAGACCU